UAGGGCUGCUGGCGGAGGGAGCUCCGAGCGCUAUUCACCCGCCGCCACCCGUCAGCCCUCUCUUCCGAUAGCGGCGAUUGGUUAGGUCUGGUUUCAAUAUGGCGGCCAACGCGACUACCAACCCGUCUCAGCUCCUGCCCCUCGAGCUUGUGGACAAGUGUAUAGGUUCACGUAUUCACAUUGUGAUGAAGAGUGAUAAAGAAAUUGUUGGCACACUCCUAGGAUUUGAUGACUUCGUCAAUAUGGUGUUAGAGGAUGUUACAGAGUUCGAAAUCACACCUGAAGGAAGAAGAAUCACAAAAUUAGAUCAGAUCUUGCUAAAUGGAAAUAACAUAACAAUGCUGGUUCCUGGAGGAGAAGGACCUGAAGUGUAAAUUGAUUCAUUUGUCAUCUAUGAAGACUCUUGUUAUAUGUUCUGUUAUCUCAAUGGAGUGCUUUUAGUUUUUGUUUACAUUUUGAAGUUGAUAUUCGAUAAAAAGUAAAAUUUCCUAUUCAGGGAAGAUGUAUUGCUGAUGCUGACUUUGUAAGUUAAAAUCAUGACUUUAUUGUAAACACUGAUCUGCUGUUCAGAAUAAAACAAACAUUUUCUUUUUGUUAAA